AUGGAAUCCUUCCGCAAAGUCAAAGACGCUACACCCGAAAAUGCUAGCAAUGUCUCUUCAACGCCUUCAAAAUACUUCUCUGGUCACAUUACGCCUCCCACGACCCCAAUUUCCAAUCCUUUAAAUCUCGGAUCCGGUUGUUUUGAUCCUACUUCUUCGUAUGAAAAGCUUAGCUCUUUAGCUAAAGAUUCCACUCCUGUGAAAGACCUAACGGACGUUGGUGAUGGCGUAGACGAAGAUGUGUCCGACAUCGAUGAUCUAGCUUUCUCAAUUAUUAUUAUGACUUUACAACGUAAGGAAUUUGGUAUCACAACUGUCGACGAAAAUGACCUUCUGCACAUCACAGCUCUGGGUGCUGGUAAUGAAGUUGGGAGAUCUU